AUGUCGAAGAGGAAAUCGGAAGAGCCCUUGGAGCGGAUUCUGGACGACGAAUCUCCUGUCAGCAAGAAGGUGCGCAUUGAAGAUGCUUCAGAGGCAAACACAAUAAGUACAAAUGGCGUAUCUCAGCAGGCACACCAGGACAUGACGGUUGACUUGAAUUGCGCUGGUGAAGCGAAUACCUCGAUACAAAACAAUGAUGAUUCCGACUCGGAAGCUGAAGAUGACAAAAUUUCUGUGGUCCCUCUGAGGCAGAGCGCCCCCACUGAAGGCUACAACGACUUGUAUCUGGACACAAUAAACCGAUCCCUCCUCGAUUUCGACUUCGAAAAGCUUUGCUCCGUUACCCUCUCAAACAUCAAUGUCUACGCAUGCCUAAUCUGCGGGAAAUACUUCCAAGGGAGGGGUCCAAAGUCAGUUGCAUACUUCCAUGCGCUCGAAGUUGACCACCACGUUUACAUCAACCUAGAGACUCAGAAAGUCUAUGUACUCCCUGAAGGCUAUGAGGUGCACAACAAGAGCUUGGAUGACAUCAAAUAUGUGGCCGAUCCAAAGUUCACGGAAGAGGAUGUGAAAAAAAUGGAUAAAGAAGCCAAGGAAAGUAUGGAUCUUGGGAACAAGAAAUAUCGGCCAGGUUUCAUGGGAAUGAACAAUAUUAAAGCCAAUGACUACCUCAAUGUUGUGGUACAGGCGCUUGCACAUGUUGUGCCUAUACGGAAUUUCUUCCUCCUACACCAGUUUCCACUAACAACGUCACAAUUGCCAGUUAGAACGAGCACACUGAUUCGGAAGCUUUGGAACUCAAGGGCAUUCAGAUCUCAUGUGUCACCACAUGAACUGCUACAAGAGAUCGCACUACGAUCAUCGAAGAGAUUUACGUUGACCCACCAGUCCGAUCCAGUGGAGUUCCUAUCAUGGUUUCUCAACAACCUGCAUUUAGCAUUGGGAGGGUCUAAGACGAAGCCUCUAUCGUCGAUCAUUCAACGGACAUUCCAAGGCAAGCUUAGAGUGGAAUCGCAAGCGAUAACCGCUAAAUCAGACACAACUGGCGAUCGUCUGAGGUUUGAGGACUCUUCCAACAUCACGACUAAUGUUUCUCCAUAUUUAAUUCUUACUCUCGAUUUACCUCCUGUCCCGCUAUUCCGAGAUGCAGUUGAAUCGAAAAAUAUCAUUCCUCAAGUCCCUCUGACCACGUUACUGCAUAAGUACAACGGUAUAAGCGCCUCUGAGAGACAGGCGAAUCGGAUACGACAUCGACUUCUACACCCAUUGCCCCCUUAUCUCUUUUUCCACAUCAAGCGGUUUUCCGUCAAUAAAUUUGUGUCGGAAAGAAAUCCAACUAUUGUGACAUUUCCGUCGCCUCGGGGGUUGGAUAUGUCUCCGUAUGUCGAGCCGAAUCCUGCCAUUCAUCCUCCAGGGGAACCAAUCUAUUACGAAAUGGUCGCCAACAUCAUUCUAGACACUACAUCUGUGUCCACGGGAGGUGGAGAAGACUCAAACGCCGCUGACGCCGCUAACAAAGCCGUUGGAGGCGAUGGACAGAAAUUCGCUUGGAAAGUCCAGCUUCGAGAUAAGGCAGCCGCAUUCUCACAGAGAUCUAAUUUGCCCGAGUGGCUCGAGAUACAAGAUCUUUGGGUGGAGCGUGCCGAAGCCGAGACACUGUUUACAAGGGAGGGCUAUCUAAUGGUCUGGGAGCGUAAGAAGGAAAAGUCGAAGACUGCCAAUGGUAAGGCUAGAGCUUAG